AUGGGAGAUGUGUACUUUGGGGUGCUGCUUGCCAUCCUGGCCUUGCUUAUCAUAGCCACCAAUGCUGUUGUGACUGUCGCAUUGGUACGGCUCAUCUGGAAGACUGGCUGUCUUGGACUGUGCUUUGUUUUAAAUCUUGCCAUCGCUGACUCUUUGGUUGGCUUCACCAUAACUGGGCUGGUUACAGAAGAGCUGGCCGGCCACGCCCACCACACGACCCGAACUUACUGUAUCCUGCGCAUGUCGUGCAUCGUCUGCCCCUCGGCUGCUUCCAUCCUUACUGUCAUUCUGGUGGCCUUUGAUAGAUACCUGGCUAUUAAACAUCCUUUCCGGUACUUCAAAAUCAUGCAUGGUCUGGUUGUCAGAGCUUGCAUUGGAGGACUCUGGCUCCUUGCCUUCCUGAUCGGCUUUCUCCCUUUGAUUGUUCAGAGCUUCCAGAAGAAGGACUAUCAAGAGCCAUGCACCUUCUUUGGUGUCUUCCUGCCCACCUACAUGCUCACUGUCUUUUGCGUGGCCUUCAUCCCAGCCUUGUUUGCUUUCACCUACAUUCACUGCCACCUGCUGAAGAUCGCUUCUUCGCACGCCCAGCAGAUUCGAGAACAGGAGCAAAUCCACUCGUCAGGGACCUACGCUGCCUCACAGCCUUUUAGUGAUACCAAAGGCCUCAUGCGACGCGGUGACCAUCUCCUCCUGAGUGGGUGUGUUUUGCUUUUUCCUGGAGGUCGCAGCACGCCUUUUAUCUGCGAAUCAUCGUUGCAAGAUUGUGCAUGCCAACACUGCAACUUGCAUCACGUCCUUGAGCACUACCUGUGGGUGUUGGGCUUAUGCAACUCUCUCGCAAACCCCCUAGUCUAUGCCUACUGGCAGAAGGAAGUGCGCUUCCAGCUCUAUCAAAUGUGCUUGUGCAUGAAGAGCAAAGUCUUCCCCCUGUUCCAUGUAGACAGCUGUCAUCAUGCUCCCAGCGGGACGGUGGCCUCUGUUCACACCAUCUCACUGCCCAAGCUCGAGGAGUGA